AUGUAUAACACGAAUAUUGAUAAUUCACCGAAUUCGGCUAACAUGCCUCCUCGUGGUAGUAGUGAUCGAUCAAAAUCGCAAACUAGAAAAACAAGAUCAUCAACAUUGAAUCGAUCAUUACAUCGUACAUUGAGAAGUCAAUCUCCAUCUUCAUCGAUUACCCGACGAAGUCAUGAUCAAAGAAACAUUGUAGCUGAUCCAAGUAUUCACUCAACCAAUAUUUUAUCAUCAUCGAUUCAUUCUGGAAAAAAUGUUCAAGCUAGUUUAAAUCUAGAUCAAAAUGAUGACGAUAUAACAAUGGAAUUAAAUAGUGUUGUUAUUGAUGUUAAUUCUUAUCAAAAUCAAAAUUUUCCAGCCACCACCAAUUCUUUUCAAGCAAUUCAUCCAUUUGAACUUGACAAAGCACUUCCACCGAAAAAGACAACAACUUUUUCAGGUAAAAAGACGGCUGAAGAAGUGUGGAGAUUCUUUGAAAUGCAACAUGAUGGCACGUACAAAUGUUUAUUAUGUUUAGAUACACACAAGGUAAUACAACAAAACAAUCGAGGUACAGCAAAUUUAAGAUCACAUCUUCUUUUUCAUGGUAUGAAGGACUAUGCAUUCAAAUCACAAGAAGAUCAACGAAAUCCACAGAAGAACAACACUCCUAUUAUUUCAUUAAGUCAUCAACGAAAACGUGAAAUUGAUGAAGCUUUAUUACAAUGUAUUAUUGAAGCUGGUCUACCUUAUAGUAUGUUCAAUCAUGGUUCCGUGAAUAAAUUUCUUAAAGUUCUAAUACAGUAA